AUUAGUCUGUGCAUGAGUCCGCGGGCACCAGAUGCCUCAUCACAUUCUAUUAGUUCUUCUAUAGUUUGGUCUUUUGGCAUCACUCACAAUUUCCUUCCUCUGCGCCGGGGACCGUUGGAGAAGCCACACCAUGCAGCACUUCUCAUCUCCGGUCAGGUUCCGCAGCAGCAAUAAAGAUGCAACUUUCUCAGAAAAGGAGUUGCCCAGUCGGUCUAUUGAGGACCCGGAGGACACUCGGUUUCCUUACGCCAUGAGAGAUUUGCCUACCGUCUCUCAGCCUGGUGACCAGCAUCAUAAACCAGACCAUCAGGCACCAGUCCACCGGGAGGCAGAGGGAACUGGGACAGCAGCCAACGGCCUCCCCAGGACCCCCGGGACCCCCGCUCUGCCCCGUGCCGUCCUGUGUAACCCGACUGGCUCUCCAACAGCCCCCCAGAGACCAAGUCGCUUGGGGCCAAACACAGAUCUUAAGCCCUUGGCGCUGAGGAGGCCGCUCAUCCCUCAGGACUCGAUGGAUUGUCCAGUCAUCCCCGCGUCACGUCCACACAGCCCCUGGGGACGCUUUGACUCAUAUGAAUCUACAGAGGAUCCGGACAGAGAGUAUGUGGGUUUUGCCACAUUGCCCAACCAGGUUCACAGAAAGACGAUGAAGAAAGGUUUCACGUUUACGCUUCUGGUGGCAGGGGAGUCUGGCCUCGGUAAAUCCACACUAAUCAACAGUCUGUUCCUCACGGACCUCUACAAAGACAGGAAGGUUCCCAAUGCACAAGAACGGAUUGAUCAAACAGUCAACACCAUAAAACACACCAUAAGCAUCGAAGAGAAAGGAAUCAAAGUGAGGCUCACCGUCAUCGACACACCGGGGUUCGGAGACGCUGUCAACAACACAGAAAGCUGGAAUCCAAUAGAAGACUACAUCGACCAGCAGUUUGAACAGUACUUCCGCGAUGAGAGCGGGUUGAACAGAAGCAACAUCCAGGACAACAGAGUCCACUGCUGCCUCUACUUUAUCUCUCCAUUUGGCCACGGUCUUCGGCCUCUGGAUGUGGCGUGUAUGAAGGCUUUGCAUCACAAAGUGAACAUUGUUCCUGUUGUGGCCAAAGCUGACUGCCUGACACAAGCAGAGGUCCACAGAAAGAAGCUGAAGAUCAGAGAGGAGAUUGAUCAGUUUGGGAUCAACAUCUACCAGUUUCCUGAGUGUGAUUCAGAUGAGGACGAUGACUUCAAAAUACAGGACCAGAUCCUCAAGGACAGCGCCCCAUUUGCAGUAAUUGGGAGUAAUGUUCAGGUGGAGAGAAACGGUCGCAAGUUCAGGGGCCGUGUCUAUCCCUGGGGUGCGGUAGAAGUGGAGAACUCGGAUCACUCCGACUUCCUGUUGCUGAGGAACAUGCUGGUGAGGACGCACAUGCAGGACCUGAAAGAUGUGACGGGGGAGACGCACUAUGAAAACUAUAGAGCCCAGUGCAUUCAGAAUAUGACCCACAUGGUGGUGCAGCAGAAGAAAUGCAGUUUGCGCGAGAAGCAUCGAGAGCAGAGCGAGGCCGAUUGUCCUCUGUCGCUGGCUCCCGCUGACCCUCAAAACUCGGAAAGAAUCAUAUUUGAGAAAGACGAAGAGCUGAGGAGAAUGCAGGAGGUGCUGGAAAGGGUCCAGGAGCACAUGCGGCACAGCCAGAGAGGUGGUUUCUAAGGAGGAGGAGACGACCAGCUAGGUGCCCCCAGGAACACAGAGGAGGCCCUGUCUACAAUGCAUGACGAGCAAAAAGAGAUGGAACAAAAGAAGCAACAUUGAGGGCUGGGCUGCCCCUCCCCCCCAAGAAAAACAAGUGAACUUUACGCUCCAACUUUGAAAGUAUAAAGAUGCAGCUUUACGUGGACUUCUGUGCAUGUUGGCUUACCUGCAGCCAGGAGAUGUUCCAGACUUUAGCGGGCCACACUAGCUCACCUUUAUUCCAUUAAUGUAAUUAAUGUGUUCCAGGACUGCAACUUGAGUAGUAACCUUGAUAAGGAUGUGACACCUUAAAAAUGUCAUCUAGUCCAGUGGUUCUCAACCUUUCAGUGAUUUACUCCCUGUGACAUAUUGCUUUCAGCCGAGUACCCCAACCAGUGCAAAGCAUUUGGGGUUGAAAAAAUAGGUGUGAUAAAGUGGUGUACCAUCUAUUUUAUUUCUGAUAUUUAUAACAAAAGGAUUUUUUUAAAAUCACGUACCCCCAGGGGUACACAUACCAUCAUUUGAGAACCACUGAUCUAGGGGUUUUGUAGUGAUGUUGAAGUUGGGUUUUUAAUUUGUAAACAGCAUUUUUCAUGUUUAUUACUUGAGUCAACUAUAUAUUUUUUUAAUCUUUGAAAAGAGAUCUUUAAAGAAAUCUUUCCAACUGCAAUUUGUCUCAAUUUUCACACAAUACCAAUAAAAACAGGAGCAAGAUG